AUGGCGCGGAAGGUCUAUACCUUCGCCACGAUAUACACACCCAACAGUGGCCAAGCCAGCUUCCUCAGGAGAACACUAACGAAGUUAUCCCGAUUCACGGAGGGCACCCUUAUACUGGGAGGCGACCUUAAUGUCCCACUGGAUCCUAAGAUGGACACCUCCAGGGGCCAUAGCAGUGUACCAACAGCGACGCUUAAGACAGUGCACAAAGCCCUCAGGGACCUGAG